AUGGCCUCUACCUCUUCCGACGAGGAGAUUCUGGCCGAAGCCGACGAACCUCCCGACCUACAAAACACCCCUCGUCCCUUCGCGUCUAGAAUCCCUACGAGUACCUUUUCGAAAACGACACCUCCACCUAACCAGCGCAAGGAGUCACUCUUAACAAGUGCUUUGAACUCGGCACAAUCACCUGUCGUGGAAGACGCUCCAGAAACCACCUUUUCGCGAGGAUUGUCGUCCGCAUCGACGUGGAGUGACCGGAGCGCUGCAUCAACCGCAGAGCUCACAAGCGAUGGAGGUUGCACUAGUCCAGGAACGAGGACAAGCACACCAAGUCCCCCACUUCCAUCGGGCUCUUUCCACAGGAUGGGCCCAGUCUUCAAACAGAAACCAUUCGAACAACACGUCUCCAUCGUUCGCCACGAUGAAGAACACAUCGGGCCACUUCAGAAGCCUAUAUCCGCCUUGACUGAGAACCUCGUGGAAGCAAAUCUAGGUCGCAAGCGCUGCAUCACCUUUGCGUGUGGGCGGAAAGACACCCCAAAGGUGCAACCGACGCCAGCUCCCGUGCAGGCAGCGCCAGAAGCUCCCAAGCGAGUCUGCACUAUCAAAUUUGCAUGCCCUUCUAAAGUUUUCACCCAAGCUCCCACGAACAGCCCGAAGCCUCGUACUCGGCAUGUGAGUCCGGCCCCGAUGCCCCGGAGACUCAAAGAAUCCCCAAAAACAACGUCCCCGAAAUCACACCGUGAUUCUGACUCGACCGUCCGAAAUGAAUCACCUCGAAGUCUCCGCAAACCCCACUUAGCCUCAAGGCAGCGUAAGCUGAGCCUCAAUUCAGACCUUGCAAAGUCUGAAGCUUUCCGUUUCCACGAAUUUGCUAGUUCCGAAGACGAGGCAGAUGAAUGGACACAGGAGUCUACCUGCCAUCGGACUCGUCUCACUGUCCACGACACUCUCAAAGUUGAAAACACUCUCCGACAGCUUGGCGAGGAGAUUGAAGAGGAAGUGUUAGAGGACGAAGACGAGGAAGACAUGCAGGACGACGAAGAUGGAGAUAACGAUGAUGACGAUGAAGAGGAAGGAGCUAGCUACGAUUCGGUUUCAGACGACGGAUUUCACUCAGAUGAUGAAAAGGGAUACGGGUCGGGUGAAGAGAGCGAUAAUGGAUCUGACUAUCGUUGGUGGGCUCCUGGACAGUCGACUGCAGCAACUUCGAUGGACCAUAUUGAGCACAUCCGACCAGUCGGGCACAGGACUGUUUCAGAGUCUUCGAUUGGGUCAAUUGACAGCGCAUCGAGCUCUGAGAAACAGACUGCGGUUACCAAGCCAUCAAAGCGCAGGAAAUCUUCUCACCCUCUCGCCAUCCGAGCACCGAGCCCAGAACUGCCCGAUAGCACCGACUUUGUUUGCGGAACGCUCGACGAGGACCGGCCCUUGGAGGAUGCCUAUAUGUCGUGUCUUGAACGGCGCCGCGCAGCAAAGCACAAAGCGUGCCCUCAAGAUAUCGAUCCAACCUUUCCGCAAUCCGAUCCUGAGAUGGAAGAGGAAGAUGAAAACGAAGAGCUGGAGGAGGCCGAAGAUGAGAGCGACCAGCAUCUCAUGGUGCAUGGCCAGAUGGAUGCAGAGGAAGAGAACGAGCUUCGCGGUCGUCGCAAAACUCAGCCUAAGAAGCGAUCUCCGGCUCAAUCACCAAAACGCCUCCGGUCACCACCGCCCAUGAAACGAUGCAGGUCCCCGCCUCCUCGUAAACUCUUUAAUCACUCCCCUAAGCGUCUUCGCUCUCCUCCUGCGCCAUUGCGCCUCCGGUCCCCUCCACCUACUCGCCGCACAUCUCUCAUCACGUCACCAAACCGCAUGGCAGUCCGAUUCACUGGACUCGCGGAACGACCUCCUAUCACUGAAUCCUCUUCUCUCCCACGGACCCCCGCCACAGCCAAACCCCCUCAGCUCUUUGACGAUGACGAGGACAACACCAACGAGUUUCCUACUCGUGGUGCAAUUGAUAUCAAGCUCGGCCUCGAGCGCAAGCGACUCCGACGGAGGGAAAAGCUGUAUCAAAAGCUGCAUCGCAAAACAAUCAAAGAGAAAGAGAAGCGUCCAGCGCCUGGGCGCGGUGCCGAAAGAAUGCGCGAGAUGGGCAUGGGUCUCGCAGCAAAGGGACGCAAGAACAGCUUCCCCGCCCGGCCACAGGCCGAUGGCGACGUACACAUGCUAUCAGUGUAG